UAAUUAUUUGUAGGUUUACACGCUUCAAGGGAACAUGUCGGCCAUUGACGCACUUACACUGUUGUAAAGCCAACGUUGUUUUAUUAUAAUCGAGUUUCAGUUCUACAGCACCUUUCACGUUUUAUCGACCUGAUAAAUUGAUAACGUAUCAUGGAUGCGUUAGUCGCGAUUGGGAGGACCACGGAUAAACGUUUCACCAGAUAUAUACUGCUGACUAAAUUCAUUGCGAAUUAGUAUAAUGAGUUUUUAAACGCAGUAGCUAUCAACAGUUUUAGUGUAGCUUGUGAUUGUGUGAAUAAUUCAGUAAAUUAAUUGUUCGAAAUGAAGGACUCGAAGGGGAAUGGCUUUCAACUGAAACCAGGUGAAAAGGAGAAUGAGAAUAAAUUACCAGACCCAUUGAAUGAAGAUAUACAGAAAGGACAAUUUUCUGACACAAGUUCAGAACCAUCUGAAGUGAAACCUGAAGAAGUACCAAGCAUACCUUUUAUUACAUUGUUCAGAUUUGCAUCGACGAGGGACAAAAUCUUUAUAAUCUUGGCGUUAUUAUGUUCUGCGGUGGCCGCCGUCUCUACUCCACUGAACACGCUAUUGCUUGCGUACUUACUAGAGGCUAUGGUGAAAUAUAGCAUUUUCUCUGAUGGUGACGCUUUUAUGAAGGCGUUACUGAAUUUCGCCAUAUACAAUUCGGCUGUCGGGGCGGCCCUUGUGCUUCUAUCUUAUGCUGCCACUACUCUGAUGAACAUAGCUGCUUAUAACCAAGUAUACGUUAUACGUCAAGAAUAUUUGAAAGCAGCUCUAAACCAGGACUUUGGAUACUUCGAUGUUCAUAAAAAUGCAGAAAUAGCUAACAAAAUGAACAGUGAUAUAAUGAAGCUAGAAGAAGGUAUUGGGGAGAAGUUGUCGACUUUCUUCUUCUACCAGGCUUCGUUCCUGAGCAGUGUGAUCAUGGCGUUGGUCAAAGGUUGGAAGCUUGCUCUACUGUGCCUCAUAUCGUUCCCAGUUACUAUGACUCUUGUGGGCGUCGCUGGCUUGAUAGCAGCAAAUCUUUCAAAGAAGGAAGCUGUAGCGACAGGUAAAGCAGGUGCUAUCGCUGAGGAGGUGAUAUCUGCGAUACGAACAGUGUACGCCUUCAGUGGACAGGAGAAAGAGCUCGAGAGAUACGAAGGACAUCUCAACGAUGCCAGAAAGAUCAACGUUAAGAAAAGUUUGUUUAACGGCCUGGCAAUGGGUUGUCUGUUCUUCUGCAUAUUCUGCGCGUACGCACUCUCCUUCUGGUUCGGUUACAGACUGAUGGUAACCGAUGACUACGAGGUUUCCACCAUGAUCGCUGUAUUCUUCGGUGUGAUGACGGGUUCCGCCAACUUCGGUAUAUCAUCAACCUUAAUGGAGGUGUUUGGUUCGGCCCGCGGAGCUGGCGCGCAUAUCUUCAACAUGAUCGACAAUGUCCCCACUAUCAACCCCCUCCAGAAUAGGGGAACUGUUCCCAGCAACAUUGAAGGCAACAUCGAGCUUAAGGAUGUUCAGUUCCACUACCCAUCGAGGCCUGAUGUUCCUGUACUAAAAGGAGUAAGCAUUAAUGUGAAGCGUGGUCAGUCGGUGGCACUGGUGGGCCACUCAGGAUGUGGCAAGUCCACCAUCAUACAACUCAUCUCCAGAUUCUACGAUGUCGUCGAAGGAAGUGUUUCGAUCGACGGAAAUGAUGUCCGCGAUCUAUCAGUCCGCUGGCUCCGCGACCAGAUCGGUCUUGUAGGCCAAGAGCCCGUGCUAUUCAACACCACAGUCAGGGAGAACAUUCGGUAUGGGCGGGAGAACGCCACUAAUGAGGAGAUCGAAGCCUGCGCCAGACAAGCUAACGCUCAUCAGUUCAUCAUGAAGCUGCCUAAGGGUUACGACACACUAGUAGGAGAGCGCGGCGCCUCACUGUCAGGUGGUCAGAAACAGCGCAUAGCCAUCGCCCGAGCCCUAGUACGGAACCCAAGGAUAUUGCUACUGGACGAGGCUACCAGUGCCCUUGACACCUCUUCUGAAGCCAAAGUUCAGAAAGCUCUUGAUAAGGCACAACAAGGUCGCACGACAAUAGUAGUGGCCCACAGACUAUCCACAAUCAGGAACGUGGACGUCAUAUAUGUCUUCAAGGCUGGUCUAGUGGUCGAAUGUGGUAACCAUAUGGAGUUAAUGGCGCGUAAGGGACACUACUACGAUAUGGUGAUGCUGCAGAAUCUCCCGGGCAUGGAUGAACAGACCCCUGAAAAGACCAAAUUGUCUCGCGAGACUUCCAUAAUCAGUGAAAAGGAUGACGAGGAUGAGUUCUUGGAAUUCCGGACUGAUGACAAGGAUGAGGAUGCAGUUGAAGCCCCUGACAUAUCGUUCUGGAGGGUACUGAAGCUGAACAAGCCGGAGUGGAAGAGUGUCACCCUCGCCAGCAUUUGUUCUCUCAUGAGCGGCUUCUGCAUGCCACUGUUCGCUGUCAUCUUUGGAGACUUCCUUGCUGUACUUGAUGGUGAUGACCAAGAAGAAAUACAAAAAAAAGUGUCACAAUUGUCGUUGAUAUUUGUCGGAAUCGGUCUGUUCUCUGGUGUUACCAACUUUAUUGUGGUAUUCUUCUACGGAAUAGCGGGUGAAGCGUUAACUAAGCGGCUACGGCUUCAGAUGUUUAGGAAGUUGACGGAAAUGGAAAUUGGAUUCUAUGACGACAAGGACAACUCCACAGGGGCAAUCUGCGCACGACUCUCUGGGGAGGCCGCCGCCGUACAAGGGGCUACUGGUCAAAGGAUAGGUACAGUAGUACAGGCAGUCGGUACAUUCGGGUUCGCUCUGGUGUUGUCGCUGAUCUUUGAGUGGCGAGUCGGUCUUGUAGCCCUGACCUUCGUCCCCAUCAUCAUAUUCGUGCUCUACAAGGAAGGCAGGAUGACUUAUGCCGCUACUUCUGGAACAGUCAGGGCUAUGGAGAGCAGUUCUAAGAUAGCAGUAGAAGCGGUGGCCAACGUGCGUACAGUGGCGUCGUUGGGUCGCGAGGACACGUUCCGUCGGGAGUACGGUAAACAGCUCCGCCCAGCGCUGGACACUGCCGUCCGUAGCUCGCACUGGCGCGGUCUCGUCUUCGGCAUGUCCCGCGGAGUGUUCAACUUCGUCAUUGCCACCUCACUCUACUACGGUGGAACUCUCAUUGUCAAUGAAGGCGUGCCUUUCCAAGAAGUCUUCAAGUCAGCUCAAGCCUUGUUGAUGGGGGCUACGUCAGCGGCUCAGGCGUUUGCCUUCGCUCCCAACUUCCAGAAGGGAAUCAAGGCUGCUGGCCGUGUCAUUGUACUAUUGGGACGACCGUCCAAGAUCACAGAUCCUGCCGAACCUGCAGUCAAACAGUUCAACGGUACAGGAGAAGCGAGUCUCCAAAACAUUCAGUUCAGAUAUCCGACCAGGCCUCUCGUGCGCGUGCUGAAGGAUCUGAAUCUGGAGAUCCAGCGCGGGAAGACCGUGGCGCUGGUGGGUGCCAGUGGCUGCGGGAAGAGUACCGUCAUACAACUGCUCGAGAGGUACUACGAUCCAGAGGACGGUAUUGUGGCUCAAGACGGCGUACCGCUUCCGAAGCUCCGGCUCGUAGACGCUCGACGAGCAAUAGGCUUCGUGCAACAAGAGCCGAUACUCUUCGACCGCACUAUCGGGGAGAACAUCGCGUAUGGAAACAACGAGGCUCACGUCACCCACGACGAAGUCAUCGAAGCGGCCAAGCAGGCCAACAUACAUAACUUUAUUACUUCACUGCCCUUGGGCUACGACACAAACAUCGGGUCUAAAGGCACGCAGCUGUCCGGUGGGCAGAAGCAGAGAGUGGCCAUCGCGCGCGCCCUCAUCCGAAGACCCAAGAUGUUGCUGCUGGACGAAGCCACCAGUGCACUUGACACUGAGAGCGAAAAGGUGGUACAAGAGGCAUUAGACGCGGCUAAGGCGGGCCGUACUUGUGUUAUGAUAGCUCACAGACUCAGUACAGUACGUGAUGCUGACGUCAUCUGCGUCAUCCACGAGGGACAGGUCGCCGAGAUGGGGACGCAUAAUGAACUGCUCGAACUUAAAGGACUUUACUACAACUUAAAUAGGAGAGGAUACGCAUAACUUAUGUAUUAUAUAGCCUAGGUACUUAUUAAAGUUACGCAUCUAUGUAUUAUAAUAGCCUAAGUACAGGUCGGCCAAGAUACGUCGGCCGCACUGUAUAAGGUUAGUCACACAAAUUCAUCGUGCUUGGAGAUUUUUUAAAGUUUUUUAAUGCUUUUAAAGCGUUUAAUUUUGUAGAUAUGUGUGUACUUAUGUUUUAAUCAACCGCUGAAUACUACUUUGAGUUUUAUAUAAUGCUAGAUUCCUGUACGCGAUUCGUCCCUAAAUCGUGAUAAAUUUAAAAGUCAGUUCACUUAAACCUUUCUCUUGAAUCUAGGAAAAAACGCAUCAAAAUAUGUCACCCAGUUUAAUAGUUUUAAGCAUACAUAGGAGCUGACAGAAAAGAAUAUGUUUUAAACUAUGUAGUGAUAAUAUAUUUACUUAGGUAUUUAUAAAGUAACAUUGUUUCUUUGGUCGAAUGACUGCAAGAAUGUGUAUAAAGCAAGAGCAAGAGAGAGAGGGUCAGUUCCAGAGUUGGACAUAAUAUGUAUAA